AAGCAAACCAAACCAGCUGAACCCAAACCAAACCAAAGCAUAUGUUCAGACCAUUUGGUCGAAGAUUUUAUCAAUCCAAUGAUUCGGUACGAAAAACCAAAGUUUUUAAUCAAAUUAAUUAAAUAUAGUAAUAUAAUAAUAAUAUUAAAAUUAAAUAUAUUUAACCAUUUAACCUAGACAACUACACAUAAUCUUAUAUAUUAUAUAUGAUGCUACACUCAUGACCAUGGAGCUUUGAUAAGUCAAUUGACUAAUCUUGCUCUCCAGAUUUUAAUAAAAGCCAGUAAAAAUGAAAAACCUAACACAAUAUCAACAACUUAUUUUACCUCGUUUGGUGCGUUAGUGUAUAUGAUGUAACUCGUCUCAUUACAACAAAGCGCAAGACGAAGAAUUCGAGUCAGUUUACUAUCUUUGUAUGAUAUAUGUGGUCUAUAAUGAAAAAUGUCAGAAGUGACUAGUGAGCUGAGUUGUAUCGUUGUUACAUGUAGGCGUAGCCAAAUAAAGGAUAAAAAGGAUACCUUAAGUAUAUAAUUUCCACUUAGUUUAUUGAUGAUAUUACAAAGAAUCACUAAACUCUUAUUAAUAUAAUUCCCUUAUGUUAACCGUACUCAACUAGACCAGCUUUAGGCCUUUUGAAACUCGCUUAGAUCUAACCAAGUCAACCAAAUUAUAGAUUCCAUUAAAAGAAAACAUGUAAAAAAAAUGUAAGGGAAUCACUAGCUUUCUAAGAAAUGAGUAGUUAAUUAGUUACAGUUAGCAAAAAAAUGUUUCAAAACAAAUAUAUAUAUAUAUAUAUAUAUAUCUAAUUUUCAUUAUGGACAAAAAAAAAUUAAAAUUAUAAAUGAAAUUAGCAGAUGUUAAAUUUAAACAUAAGCCUUUUUGUCACAAGUUUAAACAUAAGCCUAAUCAAAAGAAUUAGAGAUAAGCGUUAUUUGCAAUUUAUAUUUGUAAAGUCUAGGUGAAUCUAUGUUGAAAAAGGAAAAAAAAAGAAAAGAAAUAUAUUCCAAAACAGUUACUAGAAUAACAAACUCAGCUUAAUGAAAAUAAAACACAAGCCUAACUAAAAAAGGAUCCGAGAGAUCUUUGAAAAAAAGAAAAAGAAAACAUACAUAUCAGAAACCGGAUUAUAUUAUAAUUAGAUAAUCCUUUCAUCUUAAUGAAAUGGCAAGUAAAAUCCUUAAGCGGCAAGGAUUAGGUUCCUUAGAAGGUGUUAUAAAAAGAGAGUUAUGGCCUUGUUUUUUCUUACUCACAUAUUCAUCAACGUUCUCUGAUUUCUAUUAAUAAUGGCGACAACAAGAAGAAUGUUCUGCUUCGUGCUCGUGAUGGUUCUAAUGGGAUGUUGUUGCUCGGCAAAAAUCUACAAAGUGGGAGACUCGAAGGGAUGGACGGCGAAGCACGGUACCUAUUAUGAUUGGGCUAAGCGUAAGGAAUUCCAAGUGGGGGAUUCUCUGAUGUUCCAAUACGAUGGCAACGUCAACGACGUCACUCAAGUUUCCAGUCGUUUGGAAUACCAAUUCUGCAACUCUCUUUCUCCUAAAGCUGUCUACAACACAGGGCACGAUGUCGUGACUCUCACGGAACCAGGUUAUCACUUCUUCAUCACCUCAAAUAAUUCUCAAUGCGUAACCGGACAGAAACUCGUCGUUUUGGUCGUCCAUGACCAUCCGAUUCCUCCACCACCACCACCGAGAAAGAUCUUUCCUUUCGGAAAAGAUUACAAGGUCGGUGACUCCAACGAAUGGAGGGUUCCUGAAGAGAGUGACUUCUAUUCCAAGUGGAGUGAGGAGAAACAGUUUCACGUGGGAGACAAUCUUCUUUUCUACUACAACGACCAGGUCGAUGACGUUCUUGAAAUCAACAGUAAUCUUGAGUUCAAAUCUUGCGAGACUACUUCUCCUGUUGCGGUGCACAAUGCGGGACAAGAUCUCAUAAGGCUAACGAAACCAGGAGUCCGCUAUUUUAUUACCUCAAAGAUUGGUCAUUGUGAGGCUGGGCUUAAGCUUCGAGUUGAGGUGCGACCACUAUCCAAAAGUGUUCCGAAAAAGAUGCAGUUGUCACCUUUCGACCGCUUCAUCAACUGGCUACAUGAGUCCUUCAGACCCCACCCCCAUCACUAAAAAAAUCGUUUUUUUCUUUUUUUAUUUGUUUUUUAGCUUAGCUUCAUAGUGUUUUUCUUUUCUCACUCGUUUUUGUACUUUAUUUUGUUUUCCAAAUAUAUAGUGAGUGUUUCUACUUAUUUCUAUCGUUGUGGAGAGAUUAAUUUGAUUCAAUAAAAAUAUUUUUCCUUAACCCUAGCUGUAUACACACAAUAGACUGAAUCGACCUCCAUGGAAAACAAAGAAAUUGAACAAAGGCGAAAGAAAAAAAAAAUAUCCUAAUGAAUUAGACAAAGAAUGAAAAUAAAAGUCUAUCACGCGUUUCAUAUAAUAUGGCACAUUUUUAAAAGUCAUAUUAUAUGAAACAAAUAACUAACACACAUUAGCAAUAAGUUCUGAUUGGGUUCCUACUCUCUCUUUUUUUUUUUGCUAAAUUAUAAUCGCUUAUUUUUUCUUUACACCUCUAGAUCCUUGUUAAGUAUAUUGGAAAAACAUAAUUAACAAAUGUUAGCAACCAAGUUUUUGAUUUAGCAAAAUUUGUAAUACCUUUUCAUUAAAACCAAAGAUAAUGAAUUUAUUAUUCAAAUUCUUCUCUAGUAUAUCUCUGUACUCCAACAUAAAUAUUUUGAUUUUGUAUUCCACAUCCCUAGCUAUUCCCAUAUCUAUAUCUAUACUAUUAUUUGGAAAAUAAUUUUUCGUAUUCGAGCUUUCAAGUUAAAAGUUAGAGUGGUUUAUAUCGUUUAUAUCCUUAAUGACAUAAAAUAUAUAAAAUUGCAAAAAGUAAAAGAAAAUUUAAAAUUUACAUGAUUAGAUAAGUUAUUAAAAUUAAUAAAGAAUUAUCCAAAAUUUAAAACCAUAUAUUUUGAAAUAAAAAGACAAUUCCUAUAUACAUUAUGUUGUUAACGGUAAAAUACCUUUUAAUAAAAAAAAUUUAAUUCAAAAACAGAAAGCACAUAACUUAGUAGUAAUCAACUAAAAUUCGAAUCUUAUAUAAUUGAAAAGAGAAUAUUGAGUGACUUCUAUCAUUUAUUUAUUAAUAAUGAAUAUAGUGUACAAAGAAAUUUUCAAAUAACUUAUAAUACUUAAAAGAAUUCAAAUAAAGCAUAAAUAAAAAUAUUAACAUUAUAGUCAUUUAAUUAGUAAUGUAUGUAUUAACAAAUAAUUAUAAAAUGUUUAUGCUCGCAUGUGCGGACGAAACACAUAGUUAAAGAUAAAUAAAAAAUAUUUUUAACAACAAAACACAAUGCUUUAGUAUAUUCUUUCUACAUGCUAGGUUAAUAAAUUACCCCGGGUAAGACUAUAUCAUUAAGAUGAAAAAUUUGAAAAUCUUUGCACGAUUUCCUUUAGCAAAGAAGUCAGCCCAAGUAUUAAGUCACAUGCUAGGAAUUGUUUUUCAAAGUAUACUUCAUGCCACGUUAUACUGUAUGGGGACUUCAAUUGAUAUCUUUUUGCAUGUCCGUGAAGUCUUCGAAGUGUCACAUGAAAUCUUCUAAGUGUCAAAAGAAGUUUGCUGAGGUUAAAUUUGCACUUGACCAUAUUUAACUUUAUAUGAGUAUGAAGUAUGCUUUCAGAACUAGGGGUGUGACUAAAAUCUAGAAAUAAAUUAACAUCUUUCUUUGUCUGGAGUCCACUCUAUUUUCGAAAAUAGGAGUCUUCAUCUAAAGUCUGUUAAUUUUUAAUUUUAAUAACGUUUUUGUUAGUUUGAAAGCGAAAUUGGCAAACUUCUUGUGACACCUAUGGGACUUCUUGUGACAUGUAGAAAGAGUUCAGGUGAAGUGUCCACACAGUAGACUUUGCAAAACCAACCUCGCUUGGUUAAUUACAAAACUAACAUAUGCAUCGACAAGCAAACUUCACAUGAAGUUUGUUUGGUAAUCAGAGUUCACAUGAAGUCUCCUUCGUGAAAUAUAUCUU